GUGUGUGUGUGUGUGUGUGUGAGGAUAAUGUGAGACGGUGGUGUCACCGGCAGCGCCGCCUCCGGGACGCGACGCGACGCGACCAAAGGCGAGGAUAGUCCCGACAGCGCCGGGUAAGGGGCACAAGCAGAAGCCGAAAACCACAGCAUGGGCACCGCUCCUAGCCUGGCCUGGCCCGGUGACAAGAGCUCGGGGAUCCCAAUAUGGACAAGAGAAAGCAAGAAUAUGAAGAUGAGGGGGAGGAAGGGGGGGGGGGAGGGGGGGAAGGCGAGGCAGAGACAAGUGCCGGGCUCCGACAGGACGAAGACGCGUGUGCGCGCGCCCGCGCCGCUCGGAAAAGGAUGGCAAGGCGGGAGGGAGGGGGGCCAAGCGCGAUGGUGAACAUGAUUCUGUGUGACUGUCACACGCGUGCGCGCCGAGCCCCAUCGGAGCCGGCCCGACAGCAUCUCGCCACCACCCUGCGAGAGGGCACUACUCCGGGAAGAGGCUCCACCGGGUGCGCGCGGCCGAGAUGGCCAUCUCAUACAGGAGGAAGUUAAUUGCCCCCCGUGGAACGCUGGAGGCCAGCCGAGCGAAGCAGCCCCGGUAGAAGCCCCCGAGGCCGGCCGUACGCCACAGGUAGCGGACUUGGUGCAGGGCCCCGGUGUUGGGCCGGUGCCGGGGGCCGAGGCUGGCACCGACGGCCCCGGCGCCAUUGCCACCCGAGGCCACCUCCAUCGGGCUGCUGUUUGUGGACACGACGCCGGUUUGCACCCGAGCGCGGAUGGUAUCCACCGGGGCCAGGACCGCGGCCAUGACCCCGCCGGCGAUGCCGCCGGACAGGAGAUGGUUCGCGAAGUGGUCCUGGUGGAUGGGGAGCGACACGCGGGAGAACUCGCUGACUGCCCACCAGAUGGCCGACGCCGGCAUGUUGUAGGCACAGGACAUGAGGGUGCCGCGCCAGAAGCCGAGAAUCCCAUCCGCCGCAUAGAUGGAUCGGACAACCGACACGCCGGUGGGCAGCGGCCGGGUGGCCGGGUGGGCGACGGUGCCGGACCCGGCGCCCGGGGUCAGGGCGCUGGGAUUGGCGCCCAGCCCGGUGGCCUGGGUGCAAGCUGGCGAGAGCAGAUCCCCCGCCUGCAGGCGCUGGGAAAUGAUGUCAUUGGGAUUGGACAACAGGACGCUGGCCAUGUCGGCCAGGGCGCCGGAGAAGGCGUGUGCCGCGGCGUCGCCGAGCCGCGCCCCGGCCCACCCCCGGCGGCCGGGUCGUCGGUCGCCGGGCGCGACGUCAAUUCGGUCUUGGUCCAGGUGUAGACAUACACAUAGACCACCCCGCCCGGGACAUUGCCAAUGGCAUUCCAGGUGAAGCCCCGAAAGAGGGCGGUCCCCGCACCGCGGGCAUACUGCAGCGCGGUCGGGACGUCGGCCAGGGCAGCUCGCGCCGAGGUGGCCAGGGCGGUCGAAGGCCCGACCAGGGCCGUCGGGCUGCCAGCCAGGGCAGCCAGGCGCCGGGCACCGCCAGCGGUGGCCACGGCCCGCAGUUCGGCCCACGUGCCGCCCACACGUCGGGCCAUCGGGCCGGCCUCGGAGGCGCAGGAGAUUUGCUGUCGCGUGCGCACCAAGUCCAGGGGAUAGAGCAUGGCGAUUUCGACCGCGCUCAGCACCGCCGAGGCAAAGAGAAACUUGCCCGGGUGUACGCCCUCCCCCAGCGAGCCGGAUAGGAUGCUCGUCGGGGUGCUGCCACUGCCUGGUGCCGGGGUGGGGUUUGGAUGUGGGCUCGGAGCCGGGGACUGGAAUCUGGCGGCCUGCAGGGGGUCGAUGGCCGAGCCGAGCCCGGCCACCAGGGGGAAGCUCCACCCGGAGGGCGGGGGAUCAGUGGCGCCGGGAGGGCGACAUGGCAGGGAAGUGGGCUGCUGGGCGAAGGCCGGCGGCGGGCUCGAUUCAGAGGCCGGAGGGUGGAGCAUUCGCUGGUCGGGCACG